AAAAGAGCUAGCUGCACAUGAAGAAUUAAACAUAAAACUUUCAGAGGAAAAAGAUAAACUGGAGAUAGAAAUGUCAGCGGUUGAAAAUAAGCUGAAACAUAUGACGACAAGAGCACAAGACACAUCAAAAUUAAAAAACGAAAACGAUAUGUUGUAUAAGACCAUAGAAUCGUUAAAGGAACAAAUAAAAGAAAAAGAUGAUAUACUUAAAAAGUCUCAGUUAGAUUAUCAAAAAAUCCUAGGCGAAUUGGCAACGCAACAUUCAGAUAAUAGAAGGAUUAUGAAAAUUGCAAAGAGAUCUGAUAUGAGGUUCUCAAGAAGGCGAACUAUAAGUGACUUAGACAGUUUUAAAGACGAUUUACGGAGUGCUGAGAACACUGAAAAGCAACUCAAGAGUGAAGCAAAAUCAUGGGGAAAACGCGCAGAAAGCAUGCGGAAUCUUUUGGGAGAAAAUCACAAUUCAUUGCAAGAGAAUGACGAAGAUAGUAUAAAAGAAAGUUCUUCCGAAUCAUCAGAUGAUUCAAGUAUCGUUUGUUCCGGCGUAUUGAGAAAACAGUCUGAAAGCCAAGCGGUUCUAUCGAGCAAAGACAAAGUAAUGAACUCAUUAACUGUGAAGAAGAAAGGCAACAAAGAAAUCAACGUCUAUAAUUAUAAUAUACAAAAGUGUGCACAUAUAACCGUCAAUUCAAAAAUCACGAACCGAAACAGUGACGAGGAUAGUGGGAGCAGCAACACUCCAGCGAUAGAAGAAAGUAGUGAAUAACAGUAUCCCCUAUCUCAAUUCAGACAUAUACAUCUUACACAGAAUAACUGCUAUUUAUACCAACAUCAUCUUGCUGACAUUACCUUUCGCCAAUAAUAUAUACAUAGUGAUAGGCAAAAGAAGUGUUUUCAUUUAAAUAUUAUACUUCAUUCAUAAUGUAAAAAUAUGAACUUAAUGUUGGUUAGUUUUUCUAUUUUGACUGUAACGUUUUGGAUGUUAAGACACAACGAUGAUUUCAAUCUCAAAUCGAACAUUGUUUACAGGAUUAUAGGUGUUUCCAUUGCCUUUGAUAAACUGUGGUCAUGCGUGACAUUUGUAAUAGACUUUUAACGAACUAUGCGUGAUGUGCUAAUGGUUGCGUGUGCAAUAAACCAUCGAGUAAACUCACGGGUGUCAUUCGGUAUAUCAAGAAAAAUGUUCGAGAAAGAAUAACUAACAGUGGUCAAGCAUUGUUAAAGGAGUGUGAAAAUUUUGUAACAUAUUAUAAAUACAAUUUAUUGUAUUUAUACUAUAAAGUCUGCUGCGGAACAGAUCAGAAAAAAAUAUACAUCUGUGAAUAUGAUUCAACUUCCUUAAUAAAUCUGUGCACUACAUUACAACACCUUAACUUGCAGUACAUGUAAAGGAAACCCAAAAUGCAACCCACAAUCAUAUAACAAUCUUUGUAUACAUAAUGGUCAUAUUUCAAUGAAUAAUGAUACAUUUGAAACUUUAUAUUUAUAGAGUCAG